AUGUCAACUCCUAAAUUUCUUUCUAAUGAAUCAUCAUCAGCAUCACAUGAUAAUGAACAUGAUUAUCAUAUCACUGAUGAUGUAAAAGUAAAAGUUAAUGAUAUUUUACAAAGUAGUAAAAAUCAAUUGUUUUUUGAUAAAAAUUUAUCAUUUGAUCAAAUGAUGUACCUACUCAAUCAUCGUAAUUCAAUCGAAAGUGGUGCAAUUGUUUUUAUCAUCAAUCAAAUUAAUGAAUUAAUUAAAGAUGAACAUAUUAAACAAGUCUUUUUAAAUAAUACUCAAAGAUUUUCUGGUGGUUUAGAUCUUAUUAAUCGUGAUACUGAUGUUACUCGUCGUCACCUUUUCUUUGGUGCCUAUUUUAAUGAUGAUGAUGAUGAUGAUGAUGAUGAUGAAUUAGCAAUUACUGAGGAUGAUUCAAUUGAUGGUGCAUCAAUAUUUGAUGAUAGUUUCGAGGACCUCGAAAAUGCUUUACUUGAUCAACUUGAUUUUGAACGUUUUUGUGUUGUUUGUCGUUAUCGUCCACCAAGUGAUGGUGAAGAAGAACAUUAG